AUGAAACUCAAUAACAACGAUUUAGAUGACAAGAUGAAUGAAGAAGAUGACGAUGAUGAUAGCAACAACGAUGGUGAUAAUGCGGAGGAAGAUGACAAUGAUAUUGAAACAGGAAAUGAAACAUUAUAUCAAGGUUUUAUUUUA